CUCGAGAGGAAGAGAGAUUGGAAGGCAGACGCCGGAGGAGGAGGAGGAGGAGUAAAUAUAAUGAGGCGGCAGCAGCCGCGGGGAGCUGACUAACAAACUUUAGGCUGGUACCUGGAGAGUAUUAAUUACAUAAUCAGUUCUUAAGUCUGGGGCGGUGGUGGGCCUAUUUCACCUUCGACAUACAUACUUUAAAUAAUAACCAAACUGCCUAACCACAGAUACACGGUUAUUUAUCAAUCUUCAUCACCAAAUAUGUCGGACUCGGACGCGCAGACGGACACCGCACCAUCCGAAAUACUGCCGUUUAACCAGCCGGAGGCGGUCGCUGCGUUUCUAGGCCGUACGUUUCUCUGCUAUAUGACCUAUGCGGACUCCUCCUUUCUGUUUGACUGGCUGGAGAAGACACCCGAUAUCCGUCUGCGCUGCCGGAAUACCACUGAGCAAGAAACCCUGUUCACAACGCCCCCAGAGCUCCUGAGGGCCAUUCACACGUGUGAGUGGGUUACUAGCCCUGAGAAGGACCUGGGCUUGCCGUCUGACUGGGGGUUCGCCGGCCUCAUCCAAUUCGCCGUCCACAAGGUGCAGGAAACAGUGCAGGUAAAGUCUCGGGAACUUUACGGUCCUUUAUUUACCCAGCUAUACUGUGAAAAGGUCCGCAAUAUACAUGGGCUCGAGGUCCUCUGCCCUCAUCAGAACCACUGGACUUUUAUCAUUCAGGAUCACACAUGUGCACGCGAUAUGAGACAGAAAGCAGAUUGUCGUAAUUAUAUCCUAAAGAGUGAAAUAAUGGCAGCCACCUCAAUCUUCUUUCACCAGAUGAAUGAGAUGGUUUGGUCGUCUGAAAAGAACCGUUAUACAUCCAAGCCGAGAUACAAGGGUGGUUUAUUGACUGUAUGUUUACUUCGCCGUUUUAUAAACGCUUUAUCUGACAACAAUCCCAAGGCUACUGUAGUGACAUUUACACGCGGCAAAGUACGCAUCGUCCAAGCAACUAUCAGACCGUCGGAAAAACAUCCAACCCUCGACCUUAACCUAAGAGCUAAAUACACUCUUACAAAGGCAGGGUACGACAAAAAUGUUGCCUUUGACGUUCUGAAAUGGAUUCUCGAUCCACCACAGGCAGAGCUUGAGACGGAGCCCUAGUUCAUGGAGGCGGUCAACGAACUUCCCGAGAGUGUGAAAGAAUAAUGAGCUCCCGAGUGUGGGGUUGAUUAUUUGGCUGUGGCUUCCUAGUCUUUGUGUUUGUAUCACUCCGAGCCUAGUUAUCGAGCUGGUUAUUUAUAAUUAAUUUCUUUAGUCACUUUACUAAGGAGCU